AUGCCCAUCAAAGCCUCAGCAUCGCACAAGAGAUCCAACAGUUUGGACAUCCACCAGUCUUUCCUAGCAACAAAGAGGAGAAAGGGAACCAUCAGGAAGCUGAAGAUGCAAAUUCAGGUGCACGCACAUACAUAUAAUAAGUUCAAGGGAAAGAAGUCCAAGGCUACAUCAAAGUCAAGUGGACAAGCAUACCAGUUGGAAAUCAUGCGCAGUCUUGGCCUCUCUGACAGUGAGAUAACCAAAUUAUGUGAAGCAUCUGAAUGGUUGAACUUCUUCCCUCCAAUGGCAAUGGAAGACCUCAAGGCUUUUGGCUUGGGAUGUGACUGGAGCCGAUCCUUUAUUACUAUAGACAGGAACCCAUAUUUUGAUAAGUUUGUGGGGUGGCAGAUGAGGAAAUUGAAAGACAUGGCUAAGGUUGUGAAAGCGAAACGUUAUGCGAUCUAA